CGCUUUUUUUUUUUUCUUUUUUUUUUUUUAAACAACUUUAUUGUUUCACGAGUAUGCCCUUCCGCAUAUUGUUAAAAAAACUGGGUUGUCCUUAGUUCCUAGUAGCGACACACCUGUUUCGCCAUUAGAAUAUUUAGAAUACACAUUGAUACCGGGAUUUGCUUUUUUAAACAGUCAUGGACAAACUGAAGAAAGUGCUCAGUGGUCAGGAUAAUGAGGACAGGUCUGGAUUAGAUGAGGUAAUAGAAACCAGUUCUCUAGGAUGGGGCACACGAUUCAAAGCCUUUCUUGUUUGUUUUGUGAUCGGAGUGCUUUUCUCAAUUCUGGGUGCUUGUCUCCUAUGGGUUCCUGGUAAAGGAACUACUCUGUUUGCUGUUUUUUAUACUUUGGGGAAUGUUGCAUCACUUUGCAGCACAAUGUUUCUGAUGGGACCCUUAAAACAGUUAAAAAGAAUGUUUGAAACCACUCGUUUGAUAGCUACAAUUAUUAUGUUGCUGUGUUUUGCCCUGACUUUAUGUUCCGCAUUUUGGUGGAAAAACAAAGGACUUACACUACUUUUCUGUGUGUUGCAGUUUUUGGCAAUGGCAUGGUACAGCAUAUCUUAUAUCCCAUUUGCAAGGGAUGCACUAAAAAAAUGCUUCUCAUCAUGCAUAUCAUAAAGAAGUCUAUUAUGUAAAAAAAACAACCUGUGUGUAUCAUAAAGAAGUCAAUCAAUUAUGUAAAGACAUCAAAAUCAAACUUUAUAAUUUUAUGUGUAUAGAUAAAUCUCUUUGUAAAAUUUUAAACGUACAUUUUUUUCCAGAAAAUGUUUAAGAUUUGUGAUAAAUAUAAAACCUUUGUAAUAAACUUUUACUACCUUUUGUCUCCAA